AUGCGGGUUAUUUCGGAGAUUUUGCUAAUAUUCCUAUGCUCUUCCCAGUUGUUGGCGAUUCGAGAGGAGUACAAGGAUCUAUUUCCCGAAUUCGCUGAAUAUUUUAUCACAGGAAAUAAACGGUUGCACACUGUCUGUCGGAAAGAUCCAGAGUGUCCUGUAAAGAAUGACGAGCUCAAAUCGGGAAAAUGUUUGGGAUUUGAGGUGGAUUGUGCGAGAAAAUUGAGCUAUUCAGCCAAUCGGACGGCAUUCACGCCACCUAAACCCGGAGAAAAUUGGAAUGGAGACGAGAAAUGGCAACGGGACAAUUUCUAUCAACGAGGCGAUUUUGGAUAUGUAAAAGAAAGGAGCAUUUUGCAUGAGAUUUGCACGGCAGAAAAUGAGGAGCAAACCGUUUUACAUUGCUCGGACAACCUACGACACUGCUGGGCAAAGAAUAUUUUCUUUGAUUUCAAGAAUUUGAAAGUUCAAACAAGUACGAGAUAUCGAGAAGACGUGAUUCAAAAGGGACAAUCGGGCGGGAAUUGUGGUCGAUUCUAUCAUGACAUCAUUAGAAACAAUAUGGAACAUUUAGGAUAUUUGCAGAGCUGGGCUCACGAGCUUCAACAUUUCACAAGUGAUCCAGAGUUUCGGGUCGAUCCUGCACACUGUGACAUCAUCUUUGAAAGACCUACCGUCAUAAUAAAAUUGGAUGCUUCCGUUAACAUGUUCCAUCAUUUUUGCGACUUUGUCAAUCUAUUUGCAUCACAAAUGAUCAAUGGAUCAUUCACAAGGGAAAUUGAUGUGCUUUGGUGGGAUACGGAUCGCUAUGGGUUCAUCGAUAACCUUUUUGGUGCCACAUGGAAGGCUUUCAGCAAUCGGAAACCCGUCGAGUUGAUCUCACUUGAUCAAAAGAAGGUUUGCUUCAAAAAUGCUCUUCUCCCUUUGCUGGCUCGACAGAGAUUCGGUCUAUUUUACAAUACACCUGUGGUACGUGGUUGCUCUGGAUCGGGCCUAUUUCAUGCUUUCUCGCAUCAUAUUUUGAAUCGACUCGAAAUUCCACAAAAUGGGCCAAUGCUUUGGAAAAAUUCGUAUCACGUUUCUGGUAAGAAGUACAAGUCAUCGGCGUGUCCUCAAUCAAGA